AUGUACUUGAUUUAUAAAUCAUGUUUUUCAACACCAUUAUUAUUACAAAGAAGAAGACGCGUACCAAUAUCAGCAACACAAUUAAUCGGAGAUAUCAAGAGUUUAGAUAAAGUACCAAAACAUCUCGCAAUAAUGUUUUGGAGUGAUGAUGUCCAAGAAGAAAGAUUGAUCGAAGUGGCGCGUCUGUGCUGUUGGUCCCUGGGUUUCGGAGUGAAAAUAGUCAGCAUUUAUGAUGCCGAAGGUCGCCUGGGACAACACGUUCAUUUGCUUCAAUCUCACGUCAACAUCAUUUCACAAAAAUUUUUCAUUUCGGAGAAGAUCAUACCCACUAUUCAAAUAACCUCACUCGAUUCAUCAUCAUCAUCAAUAAGUUCAUCUACAGAGACAGAGCCAGAUUUACUGGUUAAUCUGGUCUCACGUUCCGAUGGUCGUACGCGAAUAGUGGACGUGACAAAAUCUUUAUCUGAAGACAUUAAACAGGAGAAGUUAAGAUAUGAAGAUGUGAAUAUUCGGGAAUUAGACAAGAGGCUAAGCAGACUUCGUAAAUAUUCAAAAUGUAAUCAACGAUUUGGUAAAUGA